UAUUAUUUUUGUUGAUCAUUGAUUUAACGAACGAUGAACAUUCCACACGAAUUUAUAUAACUUGUGAAUAAUGAUUAAAUUAAACUAAUUGAAAUGUCAUCGUAAAACUAUCAUGUUAAGAUUAUAAGUUAACUAAAAAUUAAAAAAUAACUAAAAUGGUUUUCGAGUCGGUUGUUGUAGAUUUAUUGAAUCGGUUUUUAGGUGAUUAUGUGGAAAAUUUGGACAGGUCUCAGCUACAAAUAGGAAUAUGGGGAGGUGAUGUUGUAUUAAACAACCUUAUUCUAAAGCAAACAGCUCUGAACGAUCUUGAUUUACCAGUACAAACUGUUUACGGUCACCUUGGAAAAUUAAUACUGAAAAUACCAUGGAAAAAUCUAUAUGGUGCUCCUGUUAUUGCAUGCGUAGAGAGAUUAUAUUUACUCGCUGUGCCAAAUCAAGAGGUUGAAUACAAUCCUGAUAAGGAAGAUGCAAAAUUACUGGACGAAAAACGUCGGGAACUGCUUCGAGUUGAAGCAGCCAAAAAGAAAGAAGCUGAAAAGGAUCUACCAAAGCCUGAUGAUUCCUUUGUUGAAAAACUUGCUACACAGAUUAUAAAAAAUGUUCAGCUGAAGAUACGAGAUGUUCAUAUUCGAUAUGAGGAUGCAGUCACAAAUCCAGGUCACCCAUUUUCACUUGGGGUAACUUUGAGUAAUCUAGCUCUGGAGACCACCGAUGAUAAAUGGAAAACUGGUGUGGUGAUAAGCGAUGCCUUGACUAAAAUAUUCAAAAUAGUAGAGUUGGAAGGCUUAGCAAUAUAUUGGAAUCCAAACACUGAACAAAUCUCUGGAUUGUCACCGCAAGUUCUACUUGAAAAAUUUACUUCAGGAAUAGUGUCUAGGGAUAAUAAACCUGUUGGGUAUAGCUAUUUGCUUGGUCCAAUAAAUUCAACUGCACGACUACGAUUGAAUCCGAAACCAGACCAAGAUCAACCAGCUUUUGAAACUCCUAAAAUAAUUUUAAAUCUUGAUAUGGAAAGUUUAUCUAUACAGCUUGAUAAAACACAAUAUCAGGAUGCAAUUAUGCUUGCUGAAUCUAUGGACAGAAUGAAUAAAGGCAAGCCAUAUAGAAAGUAUAGACCAUUUUUGAAGCAGUACAGAGGUCACUAUGCAAAGUGGUGGAAAUUUGCUUAUGAGUGCAUUUUAAACGAAGAAGUGAGACGUAAAAGAAAUAAUUGGUGUUGGGAUCAUAUGACAAAACACAGACAAAGGUGCAAGGAUUAUGCUAAUGCCUAUCAAGAAAAAUUGCGCAACAAAAAAUGUCCACAAGAUGUUCAAGGCAUUAUUGACUCUUGUGAACGUCAUCUGGAUUUGAGGAAUCUUGUUAUCAUUAGACAAAAGAUUGAAGUUGAGGUAGAAAGAUUAGAAAAAGUAAGUAAUAAGAUACCAAAGUCUAAUAAAUCAUGGUUAUCUUCCUGGUGGGGCGGUGGAGCUACAGAUGAAGAUAAAGAAAUAAAAGAUACAGUUGAUAUAAUGAAAAGAUUUGAGGAUGCUAUGACUCCAGAAGAAAAGAAAAAGCUAUUCCGCGCAAUUGAUUAUCAAGAAAAUUCUGCGCCGACUGAAUAUCCGAAAACUUUUGUUGAAACGACUGUAACAUUUGUUUUGAGAAAACUCGAUAUCAAGGUACGAGAUGAUAAUGGACUAUGCGUGCUAAGUACAGAGCUAAAUCGAGUUGAAUGUUCAUUAGAUCAAAGACCUGCUGCCUCUGCGAUGAAGGUCAAGUUGUGCAUGAAAGAGUUCUCUAUACAUGGUUUGGAGCAAGGUGACUAUAAGCCGCAACUUGUUACUUCAAAGCAAACAGAUGACUCAAUACAUUUGCUUGAUGUUCUGUUUGAAACAAAUCCAUUGGAUGAAUCUUGUGAUCAACGGUUGCAUUUAGUGUCUAGACCUUUGCAGAUUCUCUAUGAUGGAAAGACUAUAGAGAGAGUUAUAAAUGUGUUUACUGUACCUGAAGAAAGUUCUGAAAUUGCAAACCAAUUUCAAAUGGCUGCCAGUACUCGGUUGGCUAAUAUGAAAGAAAUGUCAGCAACUGGACUACAAUAUGCUAUUCAAAAACAAGCAUAUACUGAAAUUAAAAUUGAUAUUAUUGCACCAUAUGUUCUGGUUCCAUACAAAGGAGUUUUCUCUGGUAAAGAAUCUAUGUUAAUUAUGGAUUUGGGUCGAUUACAAGUAAAUACUAAACCUCGCGGUAGUCAUAAUAUUCAAGAGAUGCAUUCAAAGGGUCUUGGAGAAGAAGAUAUUAUGCAAAGAAUGUUUGAACAGAGUUAUGAUGUUUUUAUGAUGCAAAUUACUGACAUGCAGGCUCUUUUUGCUUUAGAAUCCGAGGAUUGGUAUUCAGCUUUAAUGGGUAAUGAUGUAACUGCAUUGCAUUUAUUGCAGCCGACAAGUUUAACAGUAGCAAUACAUAAAUGUUUGAUACAAGAUGAUCCCAGAUUGCCUAAAAUAAGAGUUCUUGGCCAACUAACCUCAGUGAUAUUGAAUAUGAGUGAUAUUCGAUUAAUUGAAAUGCUGUCUCUUGUAAAAAGUUUACCUAUUAUGCAGGAGGCUGAAAUGGCUCCACCGCUAGCUGAAUCUCAACAUAGAGCGUCCAGUUUGUCACUAUUAAAAUAUUUUGCUAUUGCUGAUAAACCGGAAAAUAAGAAAAAGCAGAGUAGUGAUAAAAUGAUUGAUCAACUUGUUCAAAUGACGGACCUUACAGUUGAUUUUGAACUCAAAGAACUUGUAAUUACUAUGUAUAAUAAAUUGAAACCUGUCGUAAGCAAAACAGAAUUAAUAACACCUAAAACAAAAAUUGAUCCAUCGAAAUAUGCUGAUAAACUUUUGGCUUUCCAUGUUAUUGCAUUAGAAUUUAAUUUAAUACAACAUCCUUAUGAUAUGGACGUUGAACUGAAAUUGGGAGGUGUGGCCUUAAAUCAUUUCAAAACUUCUGGAAUUUUAAAUGUAAUUAGUACACCAAUGACUACUGGCAAAAAUGAAUAUUUGUUUACUGUGAAAUAUACUAAAGUGGAUAGAAAAUCGCCCGUUUUCCAAACAAAGCACAAGUGUGUAGAACAACUUGUAGAUUUGCAUUUUACCAGUUUGAAACUUCUGCUCCAUCAGCAAGGCAUUGCUGAAAUAUUAAAGGUUGCUAAUGACAUGCAGAACAGAAUGGAAGAAAUAUCUGUAGAGGCCAAAACUGAUAGAUUUGCUUCUAUUGGCACAAUGCGCGAACCAUUAUCAACAAUACUAGAAGAUUCUACUGUAUUUGCUUCAAAACCUCAACAUCAACAUAGAGGUGGACGCAAACCAGUGGACAAGAUUUUACUCAAAGUAAAUGCUGCCCUGGACGAAGUAUGUGUUGAACUUUGUAAUGAUGAACACGAUUUAGCAAGACUAUCUGUUAACAGUUUAGCAUUGGGUGUAGUCUCUAAGCAAUCCUAUAUACAAGUUUCACUAAAACUCGGUGAUGUUGCAGUACUGGACAGAGACAAAGACUCUAGACACAACAAGAUAUUAUCAGUAGAAAAUUCCGAUGCAUUGACUUGCAACUUAAUAGUAUAUAACCUCGAACAAACUUCUGAGUAUAACCAGAACGAUAUGUCUGUGGAACUUAACACAGGCUGCUUAAAAGUUGUUUUCCUGAACCGCUUUGUUACUUCUGUUUUGAAUUUCUUGAACGAAUUUCAAGCAGCUCAACAGGCUAUCAUCGAUUCAGCUCAUGAAGCAGCACAAGAAUUGAAACAGAAUAUGAAAAACGUGCAGGCUAAGGCUACGCGUAUUGAGUUAAAAAUUAAAUUAAAGGCGCCUAUUAUAGUUGUGCCUGUAAAUUCAAGAAGUUCAGAUGCAUUGAUAAUUGAUCUUGGUUUGAUUUCAAUAACCAACAGAUUUAUAUGUUUGGAUAUUAAGAAUGAAGAAUGUUCAUCACCAUCAUCAGCUGUAGUUGAUGAAAUGAAACUUCAAUUAGAUAACUUGCAACUUUGUCGUGUUAAUUUGGAUGUAACUUCUUCAAAACCUUUAGAUUAUCAUCAAUCAAUGCAUGAUGAUAAUAAAAUAUUAAAACCAACAAGUUUUGUUUUGGUCAUAAGACGUAAUUUAUCUGCAAACUGGUACAACUGCAUUCCUGAUCUGGAUAUGUCUGGCAGAAUCAAAAGCAUUGAGUUGUAUAUGCGUCAAGAUGAUUUGAAAAUGCUGAUGCAGAUUUUAGCACAAAAUUUAACUGAAGGACAAAAUGGAGAAAAGAAGAAAGUUUCUGCAAGGCAUAAAUCUAAUGCAGAUGAAAUUUUCAAUGAAUCUGACUGGAAAGACCCAACCAGAAAAUCAGUAAGAUACCAGUCACAUCAACCAUCAAUUAGUGCUAGCCAUACAGAUGUAAUGCACAGUCGUGGAACAGACACUUUAAAUAAAUCAUCAGAUCAGCCGGAUUUGAAUUUAUCAAUUGGAGAAUUACAGAGUACACAAAUGUUGAAAGUAAACACAUUUGUCAGAUUUGCUUUUUCUAUGGAUACAUUGAUAAUAGAUUUAUUAACUUGCAAAGAGAAAAAAGGACAGGCAUCAGAGCAUAAAGGAUUAGCUCGAUUUAGUUUACAAAUAUUAUCUUUGAAAGGUCAUUUAUUCUCAGAUGGUUCUCUUACCACAUCUAUAUUGCUUGUUGAUUGUUUGUUAGAUGACACCAGGCCUGGUCGGGAUAACAAAUUAAAACGUUACAUUGAGAGGAGAACAGAUAAUGAAACGACAGUUGAUACAAAUCAGGAUAAUUCAACAAGAAGUAUGAUUGAUAUUACAUACAGAACUAAAGGGGAUGAUACUUUUGCUGAUGUUCGUGUAUUCAGUUUCAACUUAAUUUUGAGUGUGGACUACUUAUUGACUGUAGCAGAUUUCUUUACAAGUUCUAUGAAACCAGAGGAAACUGAAGGACAGUCUGAUCAAAUUCAAGCACCAAAUGUGCAAAGUGCUAGUACAUCAACAACUAUGAUAAAAAUGAACAAGCCCUCAACAAGUAAAGUUUUAACUGAAGUAAAUAAAAAGCCAGAAAUUAAAUCAAUGAUGACAUUAAAUGUCCGAGUUGAGAAACCAGAUAUAAUUUUAGUUGAAAGCAUGGAUGAUAUUAACUGCAAUGCCAUUGUAUUAAAUAAUGAGAUUAUAAUAAAACUCCGAAAUUCAGGAGAUCACAUAGUUGUUAAUGGAACAAUAAAGGACUUAAAUUUAUACACAUGUGUGUACAAUCCUGCAGUGCGAUCAAAAACCGUCCAUAACAUUCUUAAACCAUGCAGUAUCAGUGUAGCAGGUUCUGGUUUAGGAAGUCGUCAAGGAUCUCGUCUUGAUCUUUGUGUUACAGAAGUUAUUCUGUGUGUUUCUCCAGCAACCAUUGAACUAUUGAAUAAAAUAUUGGUAACAAUGACUAGUAAGGAAGAUGCUUCAGAAGAUCAAGUAAUUGAAGAGAUUGAUUACUCCAACAUAUGGAACAUAAAAACAUUCCAGCAAGAAGAAUAUUGGUUUUUGAAAACUGAUGAAGCUGUUGAUGCACUUUCAUUUGAAGAAAUCAAAAAUGCAAAUGAGCCAUUCGAUAAUUCAACAACUUUACAAAUACCUAAUGCACAGCAAGAAUUGUGUUUGGUGUCUAUGCCUCGAAUAGUUUUAACCAUUGAAGCUGGAGUGGGCAACCAAACCUUGCCUAUGAUUUUGCUGGAGACCAGUUUCCAGGGUUCUGUGAAGGACUGGAAUUCAAAGUUAAGUGUGGAAAGUACACUAAGUGUACAAAUGUCAUAUUACAAUAGCACUAUUGCGACAUGGGAGCCAGUUAUUGAACUUGUCGAACAACCAAUUUCUAACAAACAAGUAGUCAAUGCAACAAAUUAUCAACCAUGGCAACUAAAACUUCAGGUCCAAAUGAAUCCUCAAGAAGAUGAUGAAGAUAAUUCUAGCGACUUGCAACGACGUCCAGGAAUGAGUAUCAAAGUUUCCAGCUCUGAUAAUUUGGAGUUAACUGUUACCAAGACCGGUUUAGAAGUAUUUUCUACAUUGGGCAAAGCCUUUGGAGAAGCAAUAAAAAGAGAAGGAACUGCUCUUGGAGGACCAAAAGCUCCUUAUGAAAUUAGAAAUGAUACAGGAUUGGAUAUAACAUUGCUCCUAGAAAAUGGACCAUUUGCUGCUCAGAGUGAAACAUCAUCUUACAGCGAGGUCGUCCUGUGCAGCGGAGCUCGAGCUGACUUACGCCUGCGUCCUGAUGCUAAUGGUGAUAUCAAUAUUGACCACAAGUCGACAUCUGUGAUGAAACGAUCAGGGGAAGACAUGUCUGCUUCGGAACAUGAUAAAUACAUCAAAAUUAAGGUUGAUAAAUUGAAUAUAGAGCUUUCUUUGCCUGUUAGUAGAGCAGACUGUCGCUACUUCCCAUUAUCCAGAGGCGAAACUGGUGAUACAUGGGGUUUAAUAUCUGAAGUCCGUGUAGAAGCAGGCAGCACUAUUAUCAUUAUAAGAAGUAUAGUUCAAGUGUAUAAUCAUCUUAUGGGACCAGUAGAUGUAUACUACAUGACCAAACAGGGCAAUCAGGUUGAAUGUGUUGGAACCGUGGAUCCUGAUACAUAUCUUAAUUUGCCUUUGACUUCAGUGUACACCAAUACAAAUGAAAUAUUUUUCAGCAUUCCUGGGUAUUCUUUGUCUGUUAUACCAUUUGUGUGGAAGGAAUUGCAGAGUACUGUUUCUUUAUCCAAAGUUAUGAAAUGCGAAUCGAAAAGCCGAGACGAUCGUGAUUCUUUCUUCAUAAAAGCAGUGGGUGAAUUGAAACAGGUUUAUCAUGAAAAUACAUCACGUCAUACUUUAGCAAGUUCUUGUUACACAAUCCAUUUAAGACCAGGAAUAGUGUUCUACAAUAGACUUCCAUUUGGAGUUAUGAUGUGUACUGGAGGCGCGAGGGAAACUCUGGUUAAACCAGGAGAUUCUCUUCAAUUGCCCAAUGCUGAACCAGGACAUGCUGUUUUUGUCAUGAGGUUGGAUAAUUAUUUGGAGAAAACAUGGUCCUGCCGUCACGAGUUACCCAGUCAACCUAGUGAAUUCCAAGUAUGUUCAUUUGAUUCGCACGAUUCUUCUCAAAAAGUGACUCUUGAUUUGGGAAUGCACACCAGGGAUAAAAAUGGAUCAUUAUCUAUGAUCUUAUAUUGUCCAUUUUGGAUGCUCAACAAAACAGGAUUGGAACUAUCUUAUAGGAAAUCACGAAAAACCGAAAGAAACGAGCUGUCUGGUUCACCUAAUAAGAAUAGCGACGAAUCCGCAAAUGUGCUGUACCAUCCUGCUGAUUACACUGGACCACUUUUGUUUUCGUUCAGACCACGUAACUUCUUCGGUAAGAAAAAGGCGGCAGUUCGAGUUGGUACAGGAAAAUGGUCUGAAAAGUUUUCCUUGGAUGUUGCUGGAUCUUCUGGUGUUGUGUCUUGUCAUUCGGACGAUGGACGAGUUUACCAGAUUGGGGUAACAAAUCAAUUGACUUACAAUAGUUUGACCAAGCAAGUUACAUUUAGUCCGUACUACGUCUUAAUUAAUGAGUCCAGAAUUUUGAUGCAAUGUCAAGAAGCUGAUCGACCUGGCGAUUCUUGGAUACAGGUAAAUGCUGGAGAAUGUCAACCAUUCUGGCCCCGAUCUGAACGUGAAGAUAAACUGCUUUGGAUCAGGUGCGGUACUGAUCCUGAAGUAACUGCACCAUUUAUCUGCAACAAUGUACAAACAACUCUACUGAAGUUGAACAACAAAUAUGGCGGUGUUCAAAUUGAAAUACAAGUGACAGAGGGUUCAGUGUAUAUAACCAUGAUGACAUACGCUCCAGGCAUGGCACCAGCUUUAAUAGUGAAUAAUACUGAUGUUGAGCUCAGCUUUUGGGAGAAGGAAUCGAUUAAUGUCAGACAACUGCCAGCAAAACAUCGAAUGUUCUAUACUUGGGAAAAUCCAGCAGGUCCAAGAAAACUUCUAUUUGAUACUGGCAAGAAAAAUGAUGCUAUUGAACACGAGCUUAUUAAAGAUGACACUGGAUCAUUUACGUUGCCGGACAAUUCGGAAGUCUUUUUCGCGACUUUCCUAUCAGGAAUGCAGCGGACAGUUUUAUUUUCAAGAGAUUUGACGGAAACCAAAACCGGUUUAGAUGCUCAUGGUUUGGAAGCUCGGAUGGACCAGGAAAUAGAACUAGAAGCUCAUGGAGUUGGCUUGUCUUUAGUUGAUGAUUCACCUACUAAGAUGAGGGAAAUUUGCUAUAUUGGAAUUGCCAGUUCUGGUGUCAUUUGGGAGGCCCGCAAAUUGUCAUCUAAGCGGUAUAAACAGCUUUCUAUAGGAGAAUGUGAAAGAAUUGAAGCAGCUUACCAGAAAUAUCAAAAUGAGUUGCAAAUGUAUGGCUCCAGUCCAAAUCCUAAAGUUUACAUUGAUGAUAAAACUGAGAUUGAUUUCAAGGAAAUGAUAGCCAAAGGUCCUCAUUCGCCGCGGCGAUUAAGGCGCACGUAUCGCGCUGGUGCCUGGUUAUGCAUUGGAACUUCAGCUCAUUUGACACACCUUCAUGCUCGUCUGCACAGGUUACAGGCUGAUUGUCAACUACCAGAUGCAGCAUUCCCUGUUGUAUUAGCUCCUGUUGCGCCUCCUAAGAGUUUAGCCGAUAUUGUGCUGAAACCAUUUGCUGAAUUAAGUGUUGUGCAAAGAAACCUAGAACACAGUUCUGUAACACAAUUUAAAUAUUGUCGUCUGUUGGUACAAGAGUUUCAUGUAAAAUUGGACUUAGGUUUUGUCAAUGCUAUUGUAGACAUGUUUCAACCUGAUGAAAUUUCAGAUAAAGAAGCUGCAUCACUAUUUUCCAAAGAUCUUUCUCUAGUGGAACAAUCCCUAAAAUCCUUAGUGGCCAGCCAGUCAUUACAAGAACAAAAAAGUUUUUAUGAUUGUCUGCAUUUCUCACCAUUGAAGAUCCAUGUAAGUUUCUCAAUGUCUGGAAGUGGCAGUAACAGCAGUGGAGGUGGUGGCGGAGGAUUGCCUGAUUUCUUAAGUGUUCUUUUGCAAGGUGUUGGAGUCACUUUGACCGAUAUGCAUGAUGUUGUAUUUAGAUUAUCGUACUUUGAGCGAAAUUACUGUUUCCUAUCUCAAAAGCAGUUGGUUUCCGAGGCAACAAAACAUUACACAGGCCAAGCUGUUAAACAGUUGUAUGUGCUUGUGUUAGGUCUUGAUGUAAUUGGUAAUCCAUUUGGAUUAGUGGUUGGCAUCAGCAAAGGAGUAGAAGAUCUAUUUUAUGAACCAUUCCAGGGAGCUAUACAAGGACCAGGCGAAUUUGCAGAAGGUCUGGUUCUUGGUAUGAGGAGUUUAUUCGGCCACACAGUUGGAGGUGCUGCAGGCGCUUUCUCUCGCAUCACAGGUGCCAUGGGUAAAGGAUUGGCAACUUUAACAUUUGAUAAAGAGUUCCAACGAAAACGCAUGGACCAAAUAAAUAAGAAACCAGCGAAUUUACAAGAAGGAUUAGCCAGGAGUGGCAAAGGAUUAGUUAUGGGCGUUUUCGAUGGUGUAACUGGAGUUGUAACACAACCAUUACAAGGAGCACGUUCAGAAGGAGUUGAAGGAUUCUUCCGCGGAUUAGGACGUGGUGCUGCUGGUUUAGUUGCGCGGCCUACUGCUGGUAUCGUUGAUUUUGCUAGUGGCUCCUUUGAUGCCGUCAAACGUGCUACAGAUAUAUCAGACGAAGUGUCCAGACUCCGUCCUCCGCGUUUGUUGCCGUCUACUACUGGUGGAGGUGGAUCAGUCACAGCUUACAACAGACAUGAGGCUGAUGGCGCUAAGUUGUUGUCUGAUUUAGAAAAAGGACGUUACAUCGCCACUGAUCGUUAUAGGUAUCAUCUGGAGGUCACCAGCAAGGAUACUCUGCUGCUCACUGAUAAAAGAGUUGUUUAUGCUGUUAAGAAUGAACUGUUUGGAGGAUGGCAGGUGGAAUGGUCUUACACCUGGCACGAGAUCAAAACACCUGUAACUGUGGUUCCUCGGGGUGUUCUUUUGUCUAUGUCUGAACCCAAAAAAAAAGUCCUGGGCAUGUUUGGUAAUAAAGAUUCCGGUAAAUUGAUUUUAGUCACUCAACAAGAACUAAAAGAGGAUCUGGUUCGUAAAAUGGAAGCACUCAGGAAAAAUGUUUAA